AAAGGCAAAAUGAAAACCCGCUAUUGAGCUCUAGAAAACGUGUCUUCUUUCUUUCUUCAUCAACCCAACCAGCCCAGCUAAUAUAAAUUGUCUUUUCUUUUACAUAUAUAUACAUAUAGACAGAUAAUCAAGUCUAAACUAGCCUACAAUCAUAAAGGCAGACCGCCUAAUCUUGUACUAUUCUUUUCUAACAAAAUAAAUGAACCCAAAGCUCCAUUUCUAUAGCUGGUGCUGAUUUGAGGCUCUGAGCUAGAGAUUUAGAGGAGAGCAAAAAAAAAAAGAAAAAAGAAAAAAGAAAAAGAAAAGGGUAUGGGUAUGGGUAUGGAGGAAACUGAGAAACCAAUAGAGGUACGAGCUGUGGAAGCUUUGGGAAAAGGGUUUGAUAUAAGUGGUGAUUUCAGGUUGAAAUAUGCUAAAGGUACAAGAUUGGUUGUGCUUGACGAAACCAAUAAAAGAGACAUUGUAUUCCCAGGUGCUUUUACCGUUCAAGACGUUUCUCAAGAUAUUCGUCUCGAUAAAGGCGAUCGUAUUCGAUUCAAAUCUGAUGUUCUUGAAUUCAACCAGAUGUCCGAGUUACUUAAUCAAAAGUCUUCGAUUCAAGGAAAAGUUCCUUCAGGCUACCUCAACUCUAUUUUUGGUUUGAGAGGAGAUUGGCUUCAUGAUGCUGAAGACACCAAAAAUCUUGCUUUCGAUGGUUACUUUAUUUCGUUAUAUCAUUUACACCUUACAGCAUCUCCACUUGUACUACACGACAGAGUUAAGAAGUCUGUUCCACCGCACUGGGAUCCAGCAGCGUUGUCUAGAUUCAUUCGGACAUAUGGGACACACAUAAUAGUCGGAAUGGCUAUUGGAGGUCAAGAUUUAAUUUGUGUCAGACAGAACUAUUCCUCUACAAUUCCACCUUCGGAACUCAGAGGGUAUUUGGAGGAUCUCGGAGAUGUUAUGUUUUCAGAUGGGAAAAGCCCUUCAUUACUACAAAGAAAAAUGGGAGAUGGCAAACAAAAAGUGCCCGAGGUCUUUAACCGCAUUUUGCAGUCCAACACCUUACAGUUGGCCAGCAUUGCAGAAACAUCAAGCAAAGAUGGACUCACCAUCAUUUGUUCGAAAAGAGGAGGAAAUGUGUUCUUGCAUGGUCACUCCAACUGGCUCCAGACUGUACCUGCGAAACCUGAGGGAAUUUUGUUCAAGUUCGUUCCCAUUACUUCUCUUCUGACUGGGAUUCCAGGAAGCGGGUAUCUCAGUCAUGCAAUCAACUUGUAUCUUCGUUACAAGCCUGCUCCGGAGGAUUUGCGGUUUUUCUUGGAGUUUCAAGUUCCACUACAGUGGGCCCCUAUGUUUUGUGAGCUGCCUCUUAGGCAUCAUAGGAAAAAAGCUUCUUGCCCUUCCCUGCAAUUUGCUUUCUUGGGUCCUAAGAUACAAGUCAGCUCCACGCAGGUUUCAAGUGAUCUAAAACCAGCUGUUGGCCUCCGACUGUACUUAGAAGGAAAGAAAUGCAACAGGCUGGCAAUACACGUGCAGCAUCUCUCGAGUCUUCCGAAUAUAAUGACGGUCACAUCAGGCCAAUCAUGCCGAUGGCGAGGUUCAGACGACUAUAAAUCAAGCGACCAAUUUUUAGAGCCCGUUCGGUGGAAGAGAUACUCAAAUGUGUGCACAUCUGUUGUUGAACAUGACCCUAACUGGUUACAAGAAGUCUCAAAUGGUGUUUUUAUAGUAACCGGUGCACAGCUCAUUAGUAAAGGGAAGUGGCCAAAGACAGUUUUGCACCUCCGUCUGCUUUACACGCAUAUACCGAACUGCACAAUCCGGAAGACCGAGUGGGCUGCUCCACCAGAAACUUCUCGUAAGGCCAGUUUCCUCACAAAUCUCAGCACGACUUUCUCGUUCACUCAACGGGCAGUCACCGGACAACAAAAACCAGCUCCAACCACACUUAAUUCGGGCGUGUUUCCCGAAGGUCCACCAGCACCAAUUCGUGCCAAAAAGUUGCUUAAAUAUGUAGAUGUAUCGGAGGUCGUCCGUGGUCCACACGAUGCUCCGGGACAUUGGCUGGUAACAGCAGCCAAGCUAGUGAAUGAAGGUGGUAAGAUUAGUUUGCAUGUGAAGUUUGCAUUGUUGGAUUAUCCAUGAAUUUCUGGAUUUAAGCUUCUUUUGUACAUAUAAAGUGAGAUUUAUAUAUGUUUACUAUAAAAGGAAAAAAAAGUUGUUUUGAA